AUCGGCGGGGACACAGCGGAUCACCGAUCACGGAAAGAGCCGAAGCUGUCGGCUCGAUCAUGUAAUCAGCUGUGUCCAAUCACAGCUGAUCACACUGAUCAUCAGGGCACUGAUGAUCAGUGUGCCCUGAUGAUCAGUGUAGCCCCAGCAGUGCCAUCUGUCAGUGUCCAUCAGUGCCUUGUGUCAGUGCUCAGCAGUGCCUCGUGCCAGUGCCCAUCAGUGCCUACCAGUGCACAUCAAUGCCACAUAUCAGUGCCCAUCUGAGCUGCCUUUCAGUGUCACCCAUCAGUGCCAGUCAGUGCCACCUGUCAAUGCCAAUCAGUGCCACCUAUCAGUGCCGCCUAUCAGUG